AGCCGCCGCUGGGCUGAGAAGGAAAGAGAGAAGAAGAGGAAGGAGAAGCUUCAGAGGCUUCUGGAGGCCGACGAGAUGAAGUUCUCACAUAGCCUGCAGUUCAACUCGGUGCCGGAUUGGAGUAGUCAUUAUAUUGCCUAUUCCAACCUUAAGAAACUAAUAUACACGCUCGAGCAACGUGUCAACCAGCGACAACCACAGCCCACGGAUGCGGAAGCCUCGCCCUUGUUGGCCGGACAAGCCGAAGAUCCGGAUAAGGUCUUCUCGCGUGCGUUGGAUGCAGAGCUCGAGAAGGUCGUGUCGUUUUAUCACAUCAAGGAGCGGGAUUUAUACGACGAGCUGGAACAGCUGUUAGAAGAUGAAAAGGCCUACGAGGACGAGCAGCAGGUUUUCGAAAACGAACAGCAGAAUAUGCCACCGGGCCGGAGAGCCAGGAGCGCGAGCAUAUUCAAGCAGAUUGGGAAUGACUUGCAUCGAUCCAUAAGUACGGCAAGCAGGCACUCCGACGAAAUUGGCGCGUCGUCAGAUGAAGAAGCGAAUGAGACGUCGGCGCUAAGGAGAACCAAGAGUUUGGUGGAGACCAGAAGCCCAGACGGGAGAAGAGAGGGUCGAACGCGGUCUGUGGAUUUUGGCCCUCCGAAACGACGAUCGAGCCUCGCUUUCGACGACUACAACGACAUGUCCUUCUCGGCGCUAUAUGACGAGGGAGUCUCGUUAAAGAAGAGGACGGCCAGUAUCUACGUCUCGCUAUGCGAACUACGGUCCUUCAUCCAACUCAACAAGACCGGGUUUAGCAAGGUACUGAAGAAGUACGACAAGAUUCUGGAUCGCAAACUGAAGGACUGGUACAUGGAAAACUACGUAUCCACCGCCUACGCCUUCAAGCAAAGCACUUUGGACACCCUCAGCCAAAAUAUCUCCCAAGUCGAAGUCGUCUACUCGCGGAUAUGCACAAAAGGGGAUGUCGUCGAAGCAAAACGAGAGCUAAGACUUCAACUCCGGGAACAUGUUGUGUGGGAACGCAAUACGGUCUGGAGAGAAAUGAUUGGCAUCGAGAGAAAGGCACAAGCCGCCAAUGUCGGCGUUGGACAGUUGCUGGGACGCAAGCACGAUACAAGCCAUAUGCGGUUGCAAGGUGAUAUGGCGGAGCCCGAGAUGAAGGAGGUGGAAACGCCGAUAGGGAAGUAUAAAUGUCCUGCGUGGCUGCUCAGCAGUGCUUUUUACGUCCUGGUGGCCAUUGUGGCCGUCUUCUUCGUCCUCCUGUUUGUGCCUUUGAUGGACAAGCCGGAGCAGCAGAAUUGUCUGGCGCUGGUUGUCUUCGUCAGUUUGCUAUGGGCUACUGAGGCAAUACCCCUAUUCGUCACCUCACUCCUUGUACCCUUCCUAGCGGUCAUUCUCCGCGUUGUUAGAAGCGACUCCACUCAUCAACGACUGGAGUCCAAGGCAGCGGCUAGCUACAUCUUCGCGGCUAUGUGGACGCCGGUGAUUAUGCUUCUGUUGGGAGGCUUCACCAUUGCGGCCGCUCUUUCAAAGUACAACAUCGCCAAGAUGAUGGCCACGUUUGUCCUCAGCAAAGCAGGCACGAAACCGCGGACCGUCCUCGUUACCAACAUGUUCGUCGCCAUGUUUGCGAGUAUGUGGAUCAGUAACGUCGCCGCGCCCGUGUUGUGCUAUUCCAUUAUACAGCCCAUCCUUCGCAACCUUCCGGCCGACUCCGACAUGACCAAAGCCCUCCUUUUGGGCAUUGCCCUCUCCUCCAAUAUUGGCGGUGCUGCUUCCCCCAUCGCCUCCCCACAAAACCUCAUCGCGUUGCAGAACAUGGCUCCCGAACCCUCGUGGGGCAUCUGGUUCUUCAUCGCCCUUCCCGUCUGCAUCAUCUCCAUCAUCGUCAUCUGGCUGCUCCUUCUCGUAUCCUUCAAACCCGGCCGCAACACGACCAUCGUCCCCAUCCGACCCCUCAAGGACAAAUUCUCCACCACCCAGUGGUUCAUCAGCAUCGUCACGCUCGUGACCAUUGCCCUCUGGUGCGUGAGCCACCAACUCGAACCUGUCUUCGGAGACAUGGGUGUCGUAGCCAUCAUUCCCCUCAUCGCCUUCUUCGGCACCGGCAUCCUCACAAAGGAAGACUUCAAUAACUUUCUCUGGACCAUCAUUAUCCUUGCUGCCGGCGGCCUGUCUCUGGGCAAAGCCGUCAAUUCCUCCGGCCUUUUGCACUCUGUCGCAGGCAGUAUUGCUUCACACGUUGAGGGACUGAGCUUAUACGGCGUUCUUGUCGUGUUUGCCUCGUUGAUCAUGGUGGUGGCGACGUUUAUCAGCCAUACGGUGGCGGCAUUGAUUGUGCUCCCCCUGGUUAGGGAGGUCGGGCAGAGCAUGUCGGAGCCGCAUCCGAAUUUGCUGGUGAUGGGGAGCGUGUUGAUGGCGAGUGCGGCAAUGGGACUGCCGACGAGCGGGUUUCCGAACAUGACGGCCAUUAUGAUGGAAGACCAGCGCACUGGACAACGAUACCUGGAGGUUAAGCACUUCCUGACGAGGGGUGUGCCGGCGACAUUUUUGUCGUUCCUGGUGAUUAUAACCGUGGGGUAUGGGCUUAUGCUCGCGGCGGGCUUCUAG